UCAACACAUCAACAACACACAACGAAAAUUCGCAGCAGCGGCGGAGACAUGGAGAUAAGAGCAGAAAAGUUGGCUGAAUGGGGUUCCAGCCUCGCCGGACUGAUGUUCGUCUGGGCCACGUUCGAUCAAUUUUUCCCAAAAUUCCUCAAGGACUACAUUCAACUUCAGUGGAGGAAAUUGGUGAACUACUUCAAUCCCAUCAUGACAAUCAUCUUCAAUGAGUACUCCAGUGGCCUCUACAAGCGCAGCGAUGCCUACACCGCCAUAGAAAGCUACCUCAGUUCCAAGUCUGCCGCCAGAGCUUCCCGGCUCAGAGCAGAAGUUGGGAAGAAAAACAACCCCAUGGUGCUCGCCAUGGACGAUUUCGAGAAGAUCCACGACGUGUUUGAAGGCGUCAGUGUCAAGUGGUUCAAAGGAAAACAUAUUCCUCAAGGAAAAACCAUAUCUUGGAGUCAUGCUGAUAACGAGAAAAAGUUUUAUGAACUCAGCUUCAGCGAGAAACACCGGACGCUCAUCACCGACAAGUACAUACACUAUGUGGUGGAAGAGGGGAAGGCGAUCCAGAGUCGUCGGAGGCAGCGGAGGCUGUACAUGAACUGCUGUGGUGACGAGUGGGAUUACGCGGUUUUCGAGCACCCUGCUUCGUUUAACAACUUUGCCAUGGAUGAACAGAGGAAGGAGCAGAUUGUCAAUGAUUUAAUCACGUUUAGCCAAGGAAAGGAAUAUUAUGCGAAAAUCGGUAAGGUUUGGAAACGUGGGUAUCUGCUGUACGGCCCACCGGGAACGGGGAAGUCCACCAUGAUUGUCGCCAUGGCGAAUCUGCUCGGAUACGAUAUCUACGAUCUCGAAUUGACGACAGUGAAGGACAAUACUGAUUUGAAGAGGCUUUUGCUUAACAUCAAAGGGAAGUCGUUGAUCGUAAUUGAGGAUAUUGAUUGUUCCCUUGAUUUAACCGGUGAACGGAAGAGGAAGAAAGGGAAGAACAAGAAGAACAGAGACAAUUUCCCGAAGCCGAAGGAGGAAGACGACCGCAGUGAUCAAAGCAAGGUGACUUUAUCUGGGCUUUUGAAUUUCAUCGACGGGAUUUGGUCAGGGUGCGCCGGAGAACGAGUAAUCGUGUUCACCACGAACCAUGUGGAGCAACUCGAUCCGGCUCUGAUCCGAAGAGGGAGGAUGGACAUGCACAUUGAAUUGGGGUACUGUACCUUCGGAGCUUUUAAGGUUCUGGCGAAGAAUUACCUGAACAUUGAAUCGCACCCUUUGUUUGAGAAGAUCGAAGAGUUGCUCGAACAGACGAACAUGACUCCGGCCGAUGUUGCAGAGAACUUAACGCCGAAGACAUUGGGGGCAGAUGCUGAAACUUGUCUGAAAUCGCUAAUUCAAGCACUGGAAAAGGCUAAGGAAGAAAGUAAACUCAAACUCAUAAAGGAAGAAGCAAAAGAAGCAGAAGCAGAAGCAGAACAACAAGCUGAAGAAGAAAAGGAAGCAGAACAAAAGGCUGAAGAAGAAAAAGAAGCCCAACAAGAAGCUGAAAGCGAUAAUGGCAGCAACGAUAGUUACGAUGAAGAAACAGGAUCAGAGGAAUCGGAAUCAGAAUCAGAAACAGGAUCAGAGGAACCGGAAUCAGAAUCAGAAACAGAGUCGGAAUAAGAGGAUGAGGAAGAAAAAGUUCACUUAUGUCUGUUUAGUUUUAGUUCAUUUUUACUAUGUUCAAUUAUCAAGACUUGUCAAUAAUGAAAUUCUCUUUAGUUU